GCACGAUAUGGGGGAGCACACAAGAAAGACGACGUCACCGAAAGAGCCAGGAACGAGAGCUACCAGCUAUACAAAAAGCUCUCAAAAGCUCUCCGGACACUUCGGAGUGACCAGACGACGAGACAAGUGUUUUCCGGGCUGGAGAAACGUUGAAGAUGGCUCGUGCAGCAGUACUUGUUCUAAUUGUGCUCCUAGCUGCGAAUGUGUGGGGAGGGAGGAGGCAGUUGUCUGUUCGCAGGGAUGCGGAGGGUCAACUGGAGCUGGUGGAGGGAUGGGUGGACGGCGCCCUCGUCACCGCCGACUUCAACAAUACCAUCAACACUACAGGGUGGUCUUUUCUGAAGAUCAUUGGCCCAACGGAUGUUGGAGAUGAUAUGGCACUGGCCAAAGCUGCUGGCAUGGCUGAAGGAGCUGCUACAGCUGACCUGAUGUUGAUGCAUUGGAAGAACACGUUGGCCGGGUUUUGCUCCAAGGAGUCCGCACUCUGUGACAAGGUCACGGCCUUUAUCCGGGCCAACCAGCAAUUCAUGGAGGAGUCAGUAGCCAAGUACUCAGAGUCAGACCCAUUCUGGUACCAGGUCCAGCUGUUCCUGGCCCAGCUGGAGGGACUAGUAGAUGGAUAUACCUCAACUGGUCUGGAGCCAUUGACCAUCCAACAACUGUUUCUGAUGCAGAUCAGUGGAGACCUGGAUGCCCUCCAGAGUGCCCUGUCUGACAGUGGAGAGGUGGGGGACAAGGUGAUCGGUGCAGGCAAGUGCUCGGCACUGGUGAAACUACUGCCAGACCACUCGGAGCUCUUUGUCUCCCACGACACAUGGGAAGAGUACCAGAGCAUGCUGAGGAUAUACAAACUCUACGAUCUCAGAUUCUCAACUGCCGGAAACAGUCAGUGGCAAACCCGGUCAUCCUAACUUUAGUGAGAGUUCUCCCGUUUCACCGCCAGUUGCAGAGGUGGUUCCAGGCCACAGGGUCAGUUUCUCCUCCUAUCCCGGGAUGCUCCUCAGUGGAGACGACUUCUACCAGCUCAGCUCUAAACUUGUGACUACAGAGACAACAUUUGGAAACUCCAACCCAGCUCUCUGGAAGUAUGUGACCCCAGAGACAGUGUUUGAGGGGAUCCGUAAUGUGGCAGCAAACAGGCUUGCCACAUCGGGCGAGGAAUGGUGUCGCUACUUCUCCAACUACAACAGUGGAACCUACAACAACCAGUGGAUGGUGGUGGACUACAAACUGUUUGAGAGAGGCCAGAGCAGCCUGCAAGACGGACUGCUGUGGGUACUGGAGCAACUCCCGGGGAAAAUAGUGAUGGAGGACCAGACUGACAUGCUGAGGACCAAGUCCUACUGGCCAAGCUUCAACAUUCCGUACUACCCGAACAUCUUCAAUGAGAGUGGGUUUGCAGCCAUGGAGAAGAAGUACGGGACGUGGUUCUCCUGGGACAUGUCUCCUCGGGCACAGAUAUUUGCCAGAAACCACUCCCACGUGACUGACAUGACUUCCAUGGUCUCUCUCAUGAGGUACAACAACUUCCAGCACGACCCUCUGUCUCGCUGCAACUGCACUCCUCCUUACUCGGGAGAGAAUGCCAUUUCUGCUCGCUCCGACCUCAACCCACCCGAUGGGAAAUACCCCUUUGGAGCUCUGGGUCACCGCUACCAUGGAGGCACUGACAACAAGGCAACCAGCUCAGCACUGAUGGAGGACGGGUCAAGUCUGGGGUGUGUCGCUACCAGUGGCCCCACCCACCGACAGCAACCUCCGUUCCAGUGGAGUACCUCGGGGUACUCCCCCAAGCCCCUCGGCCACCCCGACAAGUGGGAAUUUUACCCCGUGAACCUCUCCUGGGACUCUUAGGAGAUGGGAAACUUUGGAGACAUGUUUUAGACUGAAGACUCUUUACGUACAUGAUCAUUAUUCAUAAAAUAGUGUGCUUAUGCCGGGGAAAAAUACGAGUGACUAUUGCUAACAUCCUGCGUCACAUUGGCAUCUGCAGAAUCCUAUAUUAGUCACAGCUAUAGUGGUGGAAUAUAACAGGAGAUGGUGGGAGUCACAGAGCGGUAGUGUGGAUGUUGAACAGUGUACUAUGAGAGGGUGGGAGCUAGACCAGUCACAUGUAGUGUGGCAGUCAGAGUGGUGGUGUGGAUGCUGAAC